UCUUCCUCUUGAUUAUAUUCCAGAAGUUUUUUAAUUUAGUAAAAUCAAAGGCUGAUAAAAGCGGGAGAAUUGAGACACUCAGUCCUGCACAGAGCUGUAGUUCUGUAGUCAGCAGAUAGCUAGCCUAGCCAUGUACCGCUAUUCAUCCAGAAUAAAAUUUAACAGCGUGUUCCGCUACAUCAGCUCCAGGGCAUCCAGAAAAUACUUUCCUAUAAUAGAUGGUACUUUGCAGCAAGAACACAGACGUGUGUUUGAAGUGAAUCUACAAAACAGCCAGAUAUGCCACCAAAGGUACCAGGAACACUGGGAUAAGGUUUUAAAGGGAGGUGGUCAAAAUGCCGUAACCCGACAUACGCAGGGAAACCAGAAGAUUUUGGCUCGAGAAAGAAUUCGCAUGCUACUGGAUGAUGAAGAUUAUCUAGAGCUUUCUCCUUUUGCUGGGCUGGGUUUGCCCUAUGGAGACAUCCCGGGAGCUGCCUGUCUCACAGGUGUAGGUAAAAUAAAGGGACUGUGGUGUUUGUUUGCCGCUAACGAUGCCACAGUGAAAGGAGGCACAUGUUUCCCUAUUACAGCAAAGAAACAGAUCCGGGCACAAGAAGUGGCCAUGCAGAAUCGGCUGCCCUGUGUGUACCUGGGGGAUAGUGCUGGUGUAUUUAUACCUCUUCAGGCAGACAUCUUCCCUGAUAAGAACCAAGGUGGAAGCAUGUUUUACAAUGAAGCUAUAAUGGCAGCAAUGAAUAUUCCACAGGUGUCACUGGUGUGUGGGUCAUGCACAGCCGGUGGAGCUUAUACACCAACCAUGGCAGAGGAGACUGUUAUAGUUGACAGGAUAGGGGCCAUCUUUUUAGGUGGUCCACCCUUGGUUAAAGCUGCUACAGGUGAAGAGGUAUCUUCUGAAGUACUCGGAGGUGCCGCUCUGCACUCAGAGGUGAGUGGCGUUGUGGAUCAUUUCGUUUCUGUGGAGAGUGAGGGAUUCGAGUGCGUCAGGAACAUCAUCUCCACUCUCAACUUCAGCCUUCCAGAGGAGAACCCCACUGAGGUGGAGGAGCCACUGUACAGUGCUGAAGACCUUUUAGGCCUUGCUCCGCUGGACUACAGUAACAGCCUGGAUGUCAGACUGAUUUUGAGCCGACUGAUUGAUGGGAGUCGUUUCCAGGAGUUUAAGGCACGCUAUGGGACCACUCUCCUCACUGGUUUUGCCAGAAUCGAAGGACAUCAAGUCGGCAUCGUAGCAAACAAUGGGGAGCUCACAUACGAAGCUUGUCUGAAAGGAAGUCAUUUCAUUCAGCUGUGUAACCAGAGAGACACUCCACUUAUCUUCCUGCAGAACACAGCCCCAGAGCCUGCACCCACUCUCUCAAAAGCACAGGCAGAGUCAAACUCUAACAGACUCAAAUCUCAGGGAUCCAUGAUGUCUGCUGUGGCCUGUGCCUCAGUUCCUAAGAUCACUGUGGUGAUCGGGGGCUGCCAUGGUGCAGACAGCUACGCCAUGUGUGGACGGGCUUUUGAGCCCAACUUUCUGUUUUUGUGGCCCAAUGCCAGGGUCUCAAUCUUGGCCCCAGGGCACGCUGGUGCUGUGCUGCAUGAUGAAGAAGAGGAUGCCCAGGAGAUAAAUGAGAUACUUAAAGAAGAAAGCUCAGCUUUCUUUUCAUCGGGAAGACUGUGGGAUGAUGGAGUGAUUCCUCCCCAGGACACUAGAAAGAUGCUGGGGAAAUGCAUUAGCAUCAUGAACCAGCAGAAGUAUCGGCUGCAGCAGGAGAAACAACACAUUCCACUUCGGUUUUAAAUGUACAAGCCUUCAUCCAGAAAUGUGUUAUUAUUUUGAAUCUAAAAUGUAACCUCUUAAAAUGAAUGUGGAUUACUUUUCUUGCUUAAUUUCCUAUACAUUCACAAAGAACACAUUCUGAAGCAUAUGCAAUAAUAAAAUUACAUUUUCA